AUGCCGAAAAUCCAGUCCACACUCUUUCUCCAUCAUAGUUUCCAGCCAGUAGCGCUGACUCAUUCUUCUCUGGAGGAGACGAAACCCGAGAUUCAUUGCAUAACCCAUAUACCCAGAUUCAGGAGGACCCACACCUCGAAAAGCAGAUAUUCGCCUUUGUCAUCACGCAGUCCAGAACAAGAGGCAUCCUGGCUGCACGAGGCUCACUGCCGAGCGAGUGGCUGCUAUAUCCUUCAGCGACCAGAACACGACGUGUUUCAAGCACAAGGCAGAACCAUCUACAACACACUUCGGCCAAUUCGUCGUGUCCCGCAGUUUCAGCAUGAACUGGAUCAAUUGCCACCGUUAUCACCGUCAGCGUUGGCACAUCCACGUCCUCUUGGGCGCCGAAGAUCUUUGCUUGAUGAAACCAUACACCAAGUGGAGGGUGGAAAAUCUUUGCACCGUCGCCUCUCCUCUCCGUUGGACGUUAUUCCUGAGGUAGAAAACAUCGAGCCUUUGGGAAGCGACGAAGCGCUGUUUGAUGCCGUUGAAGUAGUGUUUCCAGAAGCGCAAGAAGAUCCAGCGGUAGACGAUGCGGUAUCGGAGGUAUCGGGUGCAUCGACGCCCUCUCUAACGUGGACUUACUCGUCCUUCGAAAUCAAGGAGCCGGCAACUGACGACCUGGUGGAUCCUGCAGACGAGUAUCCGGACUUUUUCUCGAAAUACGAGACGAUGGACCAGCUGUUCGAUAUGUACAUUAACGCAGCCGAGUGCCAGGAUUUUUGA